AUGAAGAGGAGAGACUCAAUUACAACGGUGAUCGCAUGCAUCGCAGUUGUAGUACUACUUUACUUGGUAUUCCAGUUUAAUUUAUUGGUGAUAAAAAAUGUGACUCAUUCAACGACUAUUAAGACUCAAGAUAAAAAACGAGCAGAAGAAAUCAGUUGUGAUCGAGCCCACAAUACCUACGACAUCUGUUCAAUCAACGGCCCAACAGUCUUGGAUUCCACCACCUCCACAUUCUUGCUAAUGAACCCCACCAGCUCGAACCCAGAAAAGCCCCUGGUUGAAAAAGUUCGACCAUACGCUCGCAAGACGGAGAAUUUGACGAUGUCUAGAAUCACGGAGGUCACCCUCCUCGCGGGCCCACCAAGCCCAAAAUGUGAAAUCCAACACAAGGCUCCGGCCGUGGUAUUCAGCGUUGGUGGGUAUUGCGCCACCGGGAACUUCUUCCACGAGUUCAACGAUGGUUUUAUCCCCCUUUACAUCACCGUCAAUUCCAUGUUCCCUGAUCAAGAUGUCGUACUUGUGAUAUCGAACGCUCGUGAUUGGUGGAUAAGCAAGUACAGAGAAUUGUUACGCACUUUCAGCAAGCACCCUAUCAUAAUCCUCGAUAAUGAUACUGCCACCCAGUGCUUUCCCUCUGCUAGUGUGGGUUUGAUAUCACAUGGUGUUAUGACCAUAGACCCUGAAUCCAUACCAAACUCAAAAACCUUCACCCAUUUCCAUGCCUUUCUCGGCAAAGCCUAUCACCAGAAUCAUCCCUCUAUAUCCAGCUGCCUUCCAAAGUCCCGGCCACUUCUUGUGUUAGCUGGUCGCAAUGGAAGCGCCAGCCGCCGGCUCUUGAACCAAAAUGAAGUGAAACUUGAAGCAGAAAAGGUUGGUUUUGAUGUGACUGUUUUUGAGCCAACGCCCAGGACCCCUCUGAGGGAAUCUUAUGCGUUAAUAAAUUCGAGUCAUGCAAUGCUCGGGGUACAUGGCGCAGCUCUUACACAUUCCUUCUUCCUCCGGCCUCGCUCGAUAUUUGUGCAAGUGGUGCCGCUUGGGGCGGAAUGGGUGGCAGAGGCUUGCUUUGGAAGGUCGGCAAGAGCAAUGGGAAUAGAGUACAUGGAGUAUAAGAUAAAGGCGGAGGAGAGCAGCUUGAUAGACAAGUAUAGCAAGGAUGAAAUGAUUAUAAAAGACCCAGUUGCUUUCCGAGGAGUGAACUUUUCCAAUCAUGACGCUAUGAGAAUAUACUUGAAGCAACAAAAUGUUAGGUUGGAUAUUAUAAGAUUUAGGGAGUACUUGAAGGAAGUGUACAUGAAGGCCAAGAAAUUCAUGGACAAUGAGGGAUAG